UUCGUAUUUGAAAAGCUUUCGAGAAAGUUGCGUUUAAUUGGUUGUUGUGAAUAAAAUCUAUAAAAAGCAAUCGACGACCUAGGAAAAUCAUGUAUCCCAACUUCUAUGUGCAAAAUGCUAAUGCGAACUUCUACAUGCAAAAUGCUAAUACCAAUUUAUAUGUGCAAAAUGGUAUGCCAAACUUCUAUGUGGAAAAUACUACUAACCGCAGCUCCGUUACCGACAACAAUGCUUUUACGAACUUCUAUGUGCCAAAUAUUAAUAGCAACUUCUGUGUGCAAAAUUUUAGUCCCAACUUCUAUGUGGAAAGUGCUAAUCACAGCUCCGUUACCGACAACAAUGCUAAUCACAGCUCCGUUACCGACAACAAUGCUAAUAACAACGUUUAUGCUGCCAACUUCUAUACGAAAAGCAGCUCUAAUCCCAAUUUCUAUGUGGAAAAUAAUGCUGACGAUCAUCACUUCAUGCCGGAUUCUUCGCCAUCGUGCUCGACGAAUACAUCAAGGCAUGAAAAUAUUGGACAGUCAACAUCAGUGACUGAAGCACUAAAUGGGAUCACACAUUCGAUGAAAGAAAAAUCUUCCUCUUCGAAACCGGAACGGAAACCGGAAGUAUCGCGUCGUAAUUUGUUUAAAAUCAGGCCCAUCAAAUACAAUUGCGAGUCUCCACCCUUGCUGAGACCAGUACAAGUGUUAGUCAGAGCCAAGAACGCGCAAUCGAAUAACAUCCAUCAAGAUAUGGGACAUCGUCAGUCAACAUUAAUGACUGACGCAUCAGUUAUAACACAAUGUGGGAGAGAUAAUUCUACGCCUUCUCCAUUGAUGAAGCCUGUACAACAAUCGCAUCGUAAUUUAGUUACAGCCAAGAACGACAAAUCGAAUAGCAUUCAUUCAAUGCACCACAAUAUGGGAUUUAAACUUCAAUCAGCAACAAUAAGUGAGUCACGAAAUGGGAUCACACAUUCAGUGAGACAUAAUUCCAUGUCUUCGCCACUAGAUCCGAAACUUCAUCGCAAUUUGGUUGAAACAAAGUCCACCGAAUCCAAUAGCUCGUCUUCACGUUUGGCUAAAGUGGUGCAUCGAUUGCAGAGUAGUUUAGUUAAAGCCAACCACACCAAAUCGAAUAGCACUCAUACUAUGCAUCACACUAUGGCGCAUAAGCUUCAAUCCCCAUCAAUGUCUGAGGCAUUAAAUGGGAUAACACAUUCGGUGAGACAUAAUUCCACGUCUUCGCCACUGGAACCGGAACAAGUAUCGCAUCGCAAUUUGGUUGAAACAAAGUCCACCGAAUCCAAUAGCUCGUCUUCACGUUUGACGAAAGUGGUACAUCGAUUGCAGAGUAGUUUAGUUAAAGCCAAGCACACCAAAUUGAUUAACAUUCAUUCAAUGAACCGAUAUAUGGGACAGAAACGACAAUCGACAUCAAUGGCAAAGACAUUAAAUCUUAUGACACAUUCGGUGAGAGAUAAUUUAACGCCUUCGCCAUUGGUGAAACUGGUAUCGCAUAGUGAUUUAGUUAAAACCAAGAACGCCAAAUCGAAUAGCUUGCCUUCACCUUUGACGAAACCUGUACAACAAUCGCAUCACAAUUUAGUUACAGCCAAGAACACCGAAUUGAAUAUCCAUCCAGUUCAUCAAGAUGUGGGACAUGACCUUGAACAUUAUCUCGGACAUGAUACUACUAUGAGACUCUUCAACGAGUUCGUGGCGUUUCGGUCUGCACAAAUUAACGACAAUAGAAUCUCUAGUUCGAAUUCGUCGAACCAGACUUCGAAUAAUAAGUCCUACGAGGUUAAAAGGCUCAAAAAUAAUAUUGCAAGCAGAGAAGCCAGAAUUAAUCGUAAAAAGAGGGAAGAUGAACUUUCAAGAAGAGCAAGGGAAGCGGAAGAGCAAAAUUAUCAAAUUCACGCUGAAUUGGAUAAAAAAUAUGAAGAAUUGUCGGAAUUGAUGUAUUUAAUAGCAUUACUUGAUGAGUGUAAAGAGUGAUCAGGAGAUGAUGAUGUGCCGGAUGCGGAGAAUUGGUUAGAUUUAGAGGAUUGGACGAAUGCGUAGGAGUGAGUGUUGACGAUUUUCAGGUCGACUCUCUCUGUGGUUGUAAUUAGUCAAUAAGUUAUGUCCGUUAUGAAUCAUUUUAAUUGUUUUUAAAAACAUUUUACGAAAGUGCGUGAAAUCAAUUUCGAACCGAAUCAUUAACCAAUCAUUGCUUACACAAAUAAAGCUACAACUUAUUCCUCGA